AUGCAGCUUGCGGGCGUGAUGGACGGCACGAAUGACACAAACGGUGCCGGAUCACCGCUGGAGUCGCGGCUGCGAAAGCUGUAUCCGAUGGUAGAUCCUUUGACGCAAUUGCCGACACAGUGGAACGCCAAAGACAAAUUUCUCUACAUUGGCUUGUCUGAUGACAACCUCACCGUGCAGCACACGGGUCACAGCGAAGACCACAUGGGCGCUGCGAGUGUCCGUGCGGACCACCCGAUCCCGCCUGCUUGUGGUCUUUACUAUUUCGAGGUCAAAAUCAUCAGCAAAGGCAGGGAUGGAUAUUUUGGGAUUGGAUUAUCUGCGGAAACCGUGUCGUUGAACCGUUUGCCAGCCUUCAAAGAUUUGCCACCUUAUUUGUAUCCGACUGUCGGAUUGCAAGCUCCUGGCGAAGUUUUAGCUGCCAAUUUUGGACAGGAACCAUUUCAGUACGAUAUCGAAGAUGCAAUGCUGGGAUUGCGGUCGAAAACGCAUGAAACCUCGCGGCUGCGAAAGCUGUAUCCGAUGGUAGAUCCUUUGUCGCAAUUGCCGACACAAUGGAACGCCAAAGACAAAUUUCUCUACAUAGGCUUGUCUGAUGACAACCUCACCGUGCAGUACAAGGGUCACGGCAAAGACCACAUGGACGCUGCGAGUGUCCGUGCGGACCACCCGAUCCCGCCUGCUUGUGGCUGGGAUAAACUUUCUUAUGGAUACCAUGGAGAUGACGGGCAUUCGUUUUGUUCUUCUGGAACGGGGAAAGCCUAUGGACCUGUUUUCACAACUGGAGACGUGAUCGGUUGCGGUGUAAACUUGGUUGACAAAACGUGUUUCUACACGAAAAACGGAAUCAAUUUGGGAACAGCCUUCAAAGAUUUGCCACCUUAUUUGUAUCCGACUGUCGGAUUGCAAACUCCAGGCGAAGUUUUAGCUGCCAAUUUUGGACAGGAACCGUUUCAGUACGAUAUCGAAGAUGCAAUGCUGGGAUUGCGGGCGAAAACGCAUGAAACCGUGCGGAAGUGGCCCAUUGAUAAUGACAGGGGCCAGUGGAAUGCGAUGUUGCAGAAAAUGGUGUUGAUGUACCUUAUGCAUCACGGGUAUGUGCAGUCGGCGGAAGCGUUUGCUCGAGCCACCGGCCAGCCGUUCAAAGAGGAGAUCGCCUCGGUGAAGAAUAGACAGAGAAUACAGCAGUUGGUGAUGAAUGGUCAAAUUGGUCACGCGAUUGAGCUAACGGGAAAGCUGUAUCCAGCGUUGCUAGAUCUGAAGCCGGAUCUCAUGUUCAUGCUCAAGGUUCGACAAUUUGUGGAGAUGAUAGCCGGCUGUGAUCAUGACGCUGACUUUGUGAUAAAUAAUGACCCUGGCCCGUCAACGAGCUGCUACCCGAAACCGACAACUUCGACCGGAAAAAGCAGCAAACAGAAAUCCAAACCAGACGUGCCUUUGGUUCCGGACAACGACGUUGAAAUGAUGGACUGCUCAUCCUCUUCAGGCGGCUCCUCCUCAUCGUGCUCUUCCUCAAACUCACACUGCAACGGCAUUUCAAAUGGAGAAACUCAUAUCAUGACCCCGGAGCUGGAAGCACUCAACAAGACCCUUGCCUUUGGCCGCGAGCUCAAGUCGCUGAGCAUGCGGAUGCGAGCCGAGUUUGGGCACAAUGCUGCCAACAAACGGAUGCUGGAGGACGCAUGUAGCUUGCUUGCCUAUUCCGACCCAAAGCGGUCGCCGUUGAAGUACAUGUUGGAGCGAAACGAGCGAGAGCCUGUUGGACGAGCUCUGAAUUCCGCCAUCAUGGAGCGCCUGAACUUGCCUCCGAAUCCGUCCCUGGAGGUGUCCGUGUGUCAUGCGAAUCAGUUGCUGAAGACAAUGGCAACUGUGGGGCUGGGUGCCUGCGCGUUCGCGAGCUUACCGGACAUUCUGAAGGACUGA